AUGUAUCUGCCACGGUCGUUAAUAUCGAAGCUCUACACACACCUGCAAACCACCUGCCAUCCGUUAUCGCCGCCCGUUCUGAUUCUUGUAGCCCUCGAACCUGAUGCUCUCUGCGGCUGUCGUAUACUGACUCGUUUGCUCAAACAUGACUACAUACCGCACAAGAUUCAACCCGUCGCCGGCUACAGCGAUCUCGAAAAGGCCGGGAAAGAGCUUGUCAUGCCAAUGAUGGAAAGCCACGGUGGCAGCGGAGGUGUAGUGGUAUGCUUGGGCGUGGGAGGCAUGGUAGAUCUGGGUCCGCUACUGGGUCUGGAGCAGGAUGGCGAGGAAGCGCCCUAUAGUGGCGUGGAAGUUUGGGUCAUUGAUGCUCAUCGCCCAUGGAAUCUGGGCAAUGUCUUCGGCGGCUUUCCUCUCGAGGCUGCUUCCGAAAUGGAGGCUUCGUAUCGGUCCCGCACACCGGUUGGUAUAUCCGGCGGUCAAGUCGGACGUGCGUAUAAAUCCGGAAAGGGCGGCAUCGUGGUAUUUGAUGAUGGCGAUAUUGAAGAUGAGCUGGAAAAGGAACGCGACGCGUAUCUGGCCUUGGUCGACAUGCCAGACAUUGAUCACGACCAAGAGGCGCUGGACCUCACGGAUGAUGAGGACAAUUAUUAUGACGAUGACGGCUUGGACUCGGAACCUGCGCGCGCCGGGCAAAAAAGGAAGAGUUGGUCGGACAGGCAUGAAGAUGAGUCGAGUGACGAAGAGGAUCGUCCUCAUCGACGACGAAGAAGCAACUCUUCGAGCCCAAUAGCUGAUUCACCGCCUCGUCCUACCCGUAGAGGUCUUGUUUCCCUACGACAUCCCGAAGCCGGACUAUCGAGCGACCCCCUGGAGCCGCCUGUGCCUUCCGCGCGAGCUUUACGAAGACGCCUUUUGCGACUGCGCCGGGAAAAGGAAUCUAUCCUUCAUGACUAUUAUCGAAUGGGCUCAUCCUUUGCGGAACCUAUCUCCUCCAUGAUGUACUCCUUAGCGUCGGAGUUGGGUAGAGAGGACAAUGAUCUCCUCUGGCUAACGAUUGUUGGCGUCACAUCUAUGGAGCUCUAUGGCCGAUCAUCUGCGGGCAUCGCGGCACCUAUACGUGCCAAUGAUGCCACCCACAGACCGUCGGGCUGGAUGGGCGUUCGAGGCACAAGAUUACGCCAACUGCUCCGAGACGAAGUCAGACGCCUUAAUCCUCCUGAGAUCGCCAACGGUCGAGUCGCCCCAGAAAAUGCUGGCGUCAUUCCCACAACAGCUAGAAAUCCCGAAGACACUAGCAUCCGGCUUUCGCCUGAGCCUAGAUUCCUUCUUAUCCGGCAUUGGAGUUUGUACGACAGUAUGCUGCAUUCGCCAUACCUAUUUUCUCGUCUGAAAACCUGGAGCGAGACAGGAAUCAAACGGCUCCAUAAGCUACUGGCCAAGAUGGGUGUGAGCUUGGCGCAAUGCAAACAGAGCUAUACGCACAUGGACAUGAUGCUCAAGCGCGAACUGCGAGCAAAACUACUGAAAUACGGCUCCCUGUAUAACCUGGACGAAAUGGUUCCGCCAGUUGAUACAGAUGACAAGGACCGAGCUGGCGCCAAAGACGGAUGGGGGUUUGUAAGAAGCUGGGGCUGGAGGGCAACGCUCAGUGCUCAAGACGUCGGUGUUGUCAUUGGUGCCUUGCUGGAAGUUGGUAAACACGCACACAAAACUGAUGUUGCUAUGCCAACUAGCCAAAUUACUCGCGAUGUGGAAGAUGAUAUUGAAUUUGCUGCCCAAGCAGAGGAAUGGGUUGGCCGGUUCUGGGAAGCCUACGACGCAUUAGAGGAUAUUGACUCACUUAAAGCCGGUCUUCCUACAGCACAAUUCCUACACCGUGCCAUAUAUCGCACGGGAACUUCACUUAUCAACAAGAAGCAGAUCAAACAUUUGCGAGCAUUUCGGAUGUGCGUUGUGAAGGACGGCCCAGAUGUUGCUUUGUUCACACAUCCGGCUGCUCUCACAAAGCUUUCCUUGUGGAUAGGUCAGGCGCUGGCAGAGCAGGAGCGAGAGGCUCAUGGAAGACUGUCGCGUGGUGGACGAGGAACGCCGCUUGUAGUGGCUAGUCUUAACGAGAAGCGCAGUGUUUACGUUGUAGUUGGCACCGGGGGUGGUGGUGGGCCAGACACGACAUUCCUCAACCGUGAGGCAGCAAAACGACGACGGGCGGAAAAGGAAGCCAAGGCCAAAAGGAAGGAAUCCGCACGGCUGGCAAAAGAAAAAAUCAGAGAAGAGAAACGCGCGGCAAAGCGUGUGGCUGGCCAAGAGGAGGACGAGGAUGAGCUGGAGACGGAAUCUGAGGCUUCCGACUCUGAUUUGGACAACGACUCGGAUGAUGACGACAAGGAGCCUGAAAGGGGCUACGGCCUGAACAAAUUUGGCAGUGCUUUCCAGGAGGUGGUAUCGGAGACAAACGCCCGGGUACGGAUCGACAGCUUUGAGCAUUGCGCUGUAGAGGUCAAGAAAGAGGACCUUGGCGGCUUCUUGGAGAGUUUGAGCAUGAAAGCUGUUGUGGGAUAA